AUGUUCGACGUCAUUUGGACUGAUCCCAACAGGGAACGCGUUGGAGAAAGGAUCGCCAGGAAGGAGUUGGAGGCCAAGAAUAAGGACAAAGACAGAAAGAGUCAGAGUGGUCGCCAGUCAGUUUCGAGCAACCGCUCAUCGACUAGUGACCGCGCAUUUGGCUUUUUCGCCCACAAGAGCCGGAAGAGGGCCACGGCACCGUCACAGAUCAAAGAAAGAGCCGCAUCCUCGGAGCGCGUAGCAUUCAACGACUUCACAGACAAUACAAAAUCGACCCUUUCGAAAUGGACUCAGCCAUCUCUAGCCACAUCCAGUACCGUAGCUGGAACAUCUCCAAGGAACUCGAUCCUCACCAGGUCGGAACACUUGGUACAAACACUGGGACCAUCCUCUUUCAUCACUAAGAAUACGGAAGUGUUGGUGUCUGGUCGAGACUCGAAAAACGAUACUGAUCACUUAAUAUCUGAAAUCCACAUCUCGGCAGAUAGGAGCAAAGCUGAGACGCCGCCACUGCCACAUCUGCCUGAAGAAGGUGCUCCAGAAAACUUCGAGAUGCCUGAGCCAAUGCUUGCUCAGCCUCCCUUGCCUCAAAUAGCAUUGUCCAAGGAGCUCACAGUGAUGUGUGCUUCAGAUUGGAACGAUAGGCUGGGCAACCUUGAGGCCUGGAGACCGCCUCACGAUUGGCAGUGCCCUUCAGUAGUAGACAGUCCCACGCAACUGUCAGAAACAACGAUUCUAAACCCGACGUCGAAUGUGGAAGAAGACAGCUAUAUGUCUCCUGAUCUUGCAGCGUUACAGCGGGAGGUUCGGAUGAUGGCUGCAGCAGGUUCUGAACUCAUGCUUGCGAAUAUGAAGGCGGAUGUGGAUGAUGCAACGGAUGCCAUGGUGUACAAGGAACUUGAAAUGACCAAAAAACGCUGGAUGUUCUCGGCUUUACACCAAAAGGGAGGAUAUAUGGACUUGAAUCGGGUCAUCAUCCCCCCUGCAAAGCAAGCUUCAUUGCGUCCUCCCCGGAUCCUUGCAAUCUACGAAACCCAAGCUUCUGCGUCAUUUAUUGCUGCACUGCAUCCGAAUAUUGCCAUCUCGCAUCUAUCACCCAACCCAAUAUCGCCGUCGCUCUUUUCCAACAUCCAACCCAUCUUCGUGCCUACAAUAUCCUCGUCAGCUGCAUCGCAACCGCUUCCGCCUCGCCUAUUUUCCGCGGUGACGGGGGCUUUGCACCUGACGCUCAUUGAUCCGCAACCGGUAUCGGCCUCGAUGGGCCCCAUAUUACGGCAGUGGCUCUUUGACAAUGUCUUACUCAAUCUCGAGAAGGAAUCCCGACUCGCGUAUCCUGAGAGCACCUUUCCAGCGUGGUUAGCUCGUACCAGGCUCCGUGGCAAGGGCAGCACUAAAGCCACCAUUUUAGUAUCAGCCGUGCCCGAGGGUCUUUCCAGGAUCGCGGAUAUUGAGGAGCAAUCGGCCACGACGAAAGAGUUGAAUUGCUUGGUCAUGAAGAUGCUCUGGCAAGAGGUUUGGGGACCAUUUGUUCAUGCUAAGAAGUGGUGGUGGGAAGAGCCUGAGAUCACCAAGGAAUGCGCCGAGUUCGGGACGUAUUGGGCGUACUCACAUAUCAUCGCUGUGAGAGACGACGACUCUCACAGCGCGCCACGGCCCUGAUUUACGUCAAGUCAACCAUGUACUCGCAUUGUAUGUUUCUAGAGGGGGACAUGCACGUGGUGGGGAUCGUCAUGGAUUUGAUAUAUCGCGCAGGCGUUGGCGGCGAGGGCGUUUCCCGAAGAUAUUGCUCAAUAAAUGCCAUGCCCAGGCAUAUAGAAUUGAUUCCCU